AUGAAAUAUGAGGAGUCACUACUCAGGGCAAAAGAAGUGCUCGCGCUGCUCAAAGCGGAAGUUCACAGGAGAAGAGCGAUAGUUGCAAACACAAAACUCCCAACAGUGAAACAAAUACGUGAGACUUCGUGUAUCUGGCGAUUUGCUGAGGACGGAACUGACCGAGAUGCAAGACCUCCAUUAAGGCCUUCUUUCUCACCAAAGCUUCACUUUGUACCCCAACAAUGA